AUGUUAGUGGUCAGUUACUUUUUGACCGUUCACUUCCUAGUGUCUCGUCGGUCUCGUCUGUCUGUCGAGAGAAUAGUAUUUAUAAUCAGUUCGUUUGUUUUUACUUAGUUUAAAUUUCGCUGAACUUGGAGUAACACCAGUUGAAAAUGGUUUAAGACUUAACUCUCUAAGUUAACCUUCCACUCUUCCACAACAUAUGUAUAUUUACGCGACCUAUAUUAAUCGCAACCAACUCCUGUAACAUCGUUAAUUGAUUGAACACGCGUCGUGCACGUGGAGUUGGAAAUCCUCGAGCUACGUCACUCAACUUUUAGACUUUGGACCCCGUCGUGUGGCAUUGGCGGUGAUCUCGUGCGUUCGUUUCUGAAAGUGUGUUUAGAAAAGUGUGUGGUGGAAGUUGCAAACAAAUCCCGCAUCCAUUCGAGCACCAACAUUGUUGUGCUUGCACAGAAACAUCACUACAACAUAAAUUUGAAGGACAGCCAAAUUAUGCUUAGAAGUAACAUUGCUUAUGCCUGUAGCAUAGAAAUCUAACAGAAAGUGAAUAAGAGUGGAGAUUUUUUUUAUUUUUUUGUUUCUGAACUGUCGGAGCAUGUUGAUGUAAAGCAAUUGGUGUGAUCAUAUUUUUGGGAUUAUGCAGCCAAACUUUGAAACGAAUCACACUCGCAGAAGAACAGACCAGCAGAAGAACUUGCUGCUGCAGGAGUGAAACGUGCUUUAUAGAUUGCGAAUUUUGCGACUGGAGCAAACGUACUGAACAAGUCGAGAAAAGAGAACGUGUGUUGGCUUUUUUAGUCCUGUGUGAAAAAAUAAACUGAUAGUGAAGUAAAAAGUGUUUUUGUACGUUAAUCUUCUCAUGUCAUAUGUCCGUCUUCGUAGUAAUACGUCAGCAUUGUGUUCUGUGUGAUGUGGAACGGCCAAGUUCAUUCGGCUCAUCUCUCUGUGGACGGACAAAUCGUUCGAUAGUGAUGUAAAGUUUCUCUAAUUUCAACAACAAUGGAAAGUGCGUAGGAAAGUUCUUUAAUCAGUUCCUUCAAUAAACCUGGCUUCGAGCCAAAAGCAAAACAAAAAAAAUGUACCAAGCGAUGCGAUACGAGGUGCUGGAGGUCGUAUCCAAGAAACAGAUCCUGAAAGUCUACAUCCGGAGUGUUUUUGCCAGUUUGCUGGUGCUGAUACGAUGGCUGUUCGAAUGGGUCAAGUGCCGAGUUAACAAGACCACGAUCAUGAGGAAGUCCAUCGAGCGGGUUGAGUUUCCGAAUCGUCAGCCAGGUUUCAUGACCGAAACCAAGAUGGGGCGGCACUCGUACGUUAAACUCGAGAACACGAAACUGCACUACGUGGAAGCUGGAAAUCGGAGUAAUCCCACAAUUCUCCUUCUUCACGGAUUUCCAGAUUGCUGGCUUGGAUGGCGGUAUCAAAUUGCAGAACUAUCCCAGUACUUCCACGUGAUCGCUCUUGAUUUGAAGGGCUUCAAUGAUUCCGAUAAACCGAUGUGGCGCUUCGAGUACACGCCGAAGAAAGUGUGCGAAGAUCUGCGGAAGUUUCUCAUAGCGAUCAGCGCCAAGAGCGUUUCGAUUGUGGGCCAUGAUCUAGGAGGGAUCAUCGGUUGGCUGUUUGCCCACACGAAUCCGGAGAUGGUGGACAAAUUUGUCAGCGUAUCGACUCCCCAUCCGAAUUUGAUCUGGAACAACAUUCCCGGAAAUUCGCCAUUCAAUUCUCGUUGGAUCGACUUCGUUCAGACUCCGUAUUUGCCGGAAAUGGAAAUGAAAGGCAACGCUGAGCGCACACUGAAGAAAUGUUUUCCCCACAUCAUGAAGGAAAAGAUGUACAUGACAGGAACUAACGGAUCUGUUAUAAACAAUCUGAUGGAGGCGUACAAGUACAUUUUCAGCCAGACGGAUGACUGGCGAGGCGCGUUGAAUUAUUAUCGAAAUUUAGUGUUCUUCCGAGUCAAAGAAGGGGAAACGUUGCAAUGUCCCUGUUUGAUAAUUACCGGAAACGAUGACCGGUUUUUCAAGCUGGAAUCGGUGGUGAAGAGCUCGGAUUAUUGUGAAAACUUUGUCAUCAAAAUUAUCGAACACUCGGGCCACGCCCCACAUCAGGAAAUGUCGACUGAAUUCAAUAGCACCUUGCUGAAAUUUCUAAUAGGUAAAAGGAUGUUGGCGCGAACGGCUGACAAUAAUGCGACAACUCCAACCCGUGGGUUGGUGGGUCGAGUUUUUGGAGGAUUUGGAGCAGUGGCUAACAAUACCGUUAAACUCGGUAACAACAUCAAGGACGGAUAUACGUUUGUGAACUCACUCAAUAAUAUUCCUAACUUUAUGAUUAAGAGCUAACCAAUUCGGAGGACACUUUCCUAUCAUCGGGGAGUUUGUGCGUGUGAAAAUGACAAAUUUCAUUCCAAUAAAU